CUGAGUCCCUCUCUAACACAGCUUCUGCAUGGCACCUAUUUGAGAAGUGUGUUUUCUCUCUUCUUUCUUUUUUUUUUCCCCUUUUCCUUCUUUUUUGUUUUGUCUUGUUCUCCCCUGAUUCAGGAAAGGGCAAAGGUUGAUGCUGAAAGGAAGGAGCUAGAGCAACUCCAGGCGCUUUACCAUGAGUCGAAGAGCCACCUUGAUAAGUGCCCCGAGUCAAUGCGGGAGCAAUUGCAGGAGCAGAUGCGAAGGGAGGCAGAGGCACUGGAGACGGAGGCCAAGCUGUUUGAGGACCUGGAGUUCCAGCAGCUGGAGCGAGAGAGCCACCUGGAAGAGGAGCGUGAGGCACGAGGCCAGCAGCUCCUGCAGAGCCGGGCUGAGUGCCACCACAGCAUUGCCCGCAGGAAGGAGCGUGUGGCUGCCCUGGAUGCCCAGGCUGCCCAGAUUCGGCUUCAGAGUGCCCAGGAAGCCGAGCGCCUGGCCAGGGAGCGGAGCAGCGUCCUGCAGCUCCUGCAGAAGGAGAAGGAGAAACUCGUGUCUCUGGAGAGGCGAUACCAGCUCGUCACAGGUGGCAGGAACUUCCCUAAAAUGUCCUCAGCUCUCCGAGAGGAGACCCUCCACAUCUCAGAACCCUAUGAGCUGUUGGAGGGAACUAAGCCCCUGAGCCCCCUGCCAGCAGCAGCUGCCUCCUUAGCUUCUCCUGACACCUACUCCUACCCCAAGGCACAAGAGGAGUACAUGAGGCUGUCUGACGUUUUCAGGUUCUGCAGUAAUGCACCUGGCCCCAGCCUGGACGCUAAAGCUGCUGCUGCUGCCCCUGCUGCCGCUCAGCACUCUUUCUUGCUUGCUGUAGCUCCCACAGCCAACGAGUAUGUGACCAUUGAGCAACUCUCGGGUAUCCUGGGCAGCCUUCACACCCCUGCUGCUUCCCUGCUGGGCUGUACCCCUCUGGCUCCUUCAUCCUCAGGCUGCGCUCCUCCUCUUCCUCCUCUUCCAUCUCUCCCUUCUCCCUUCGUCUCUGCAGAGAUGGAGCAGCAGGCGUUGGGAGUCCCUGUGUGUCUCCCGGCUCUUGAUUUAGAGAAGUGGUACCAGGAAGUUAUGGCUGGCUUUGAGACUUCCUCUUCCUCUGUCUCUCCUCCUUCUUCCCCUCCUCCACUUCCAGCUAAAGCUCACUCCUCUCACAAGGCUCUCCAGGUCUAUCGUGCAAAAACAGAGGGUGGUGCUGGUGUCCUCACCCCUCGGAUGAAGAGUGGGACCCCUUCGUCCUCGCAGCUCAACCUCUCCGUGCUGGAGCGUAGCCCCUCACCCAAGGGUCCCCCGAGCCCGGCAGGCAGCCUGUCCCGCAGCCUGGUGGCCACACUGCAGGAUAUCGAGACCAAGCGCCAGCUGGCCCUGCAGCAGAAGGCCAAGCUGCUCCCAGCAGAGCCCUUGCAGCCAGGCAAUCUACCAGGUCGGCAGGUGAUUGAGGAGCAGAAACGGCGGCUGGCAGAGCUGAAGCAGAAAGCAGCUGCUGAGGCGCAGUCCCAGUGGGAGGCCCUGCAUGGGCAGCCCCCCUUCCCCACUGUCUUCCCCCGGCUCAUGCACCACUCCAUCCUCCACCACCACCGUCCCCAUGGUGCUGGGCCCCGGGCCGAGGAGUUGGACCAUGCAUAUGACACACUCAGCCUGGAGAGCUCAGACAGCAUGGAGACCAGCAUCUCCAUCGGCAACAACUCUGCCUGCUCUCCUGACAACAUCUCCAGUGCCAGCGGGAUGGAGACAGGGAAGAUUGAGGAGAUGGAGAAGAUGCUGAAGGAGGCACAUGAGGAGAAGUCACGGUUGAUGGAGUCCAGGGAGCGGGAAAUGGAGCUGCGUCAGCAGGCGCUGGAGGAUGAGCGCUGGCACCGGGAGCAGCUGGAACGCCGACUGCAGGACGAGACAGUGCGGCGGCAGAAGCUGGUGGAGAAGGAAGUCAAACUGCGGGAGAAGCACUUCUCACAGGCUCGUCCCCUGACACGGUACCUCCCCAUCCGCAAAGAGGAUUUCAACCUGCGGCUGCACAUCGAGUCCUCGGGCCACAGCGUUGACACCUGCUACCACAUCAUCCUGACAGAGAAGAUGUGCAAGGGCUAUCUGGUCAAGAUGGGUGGGAAGAUCAAAUCUUGGAAGAAGCGUUGGUUUGUCUUUGACCGCAUGAAGCGCACCCUCUCAUACUAUAUGGAUAAACAUGAGACAAAGCUGAAGGGUGUUAUCUACUUCCAAGCCAUUGAAGAGGUUUACUAUGACCACCUCCGCAGUGCUGCAAAGAGCCCAAACCCUCCGCUCACUUUCUGUGUCAAGACCCACGACCGACUCUACUACAUGGUAGCACCAUCAGCCGAGGCCAUGCGCAUCUGGAUGGAUGUCAUUGUCACGGGGGCAGAGGGCUAUACCCAGUUCAUGAACUGAGAGGGGGGUGCUGUGCACCCCAGAUCCACCAGCUGGAUGGACUCUGAGCAUGCCAACCGGUGAGGAGCUCCUGAGGGGACCAUGGUCCCUGCUCCGCCUCAUGCCAUGCACACAAGGUCACACCACACCAAGGUCAUGGACCUGCAUUGGGCCCAGCUGGGUGGUACUGAACGUUGCCUGUUCAGGCAAGGGAGUAAGUUUUUUUAUGUUGACUUUUUUAAAGCAAACUUUAUUGGAACAAUAUCAAAGUGCUGAAAUGUAAAAAGCUGCCAAAGAGCUGAGGCCUGAGCUCUCUGCCUUGGAGAGGUGCUGAUUUUGAAGCUGAUGCUGACACUUAGUGUCAUGGCCAUAGUGAGGUGAGGCUGUGCCACCAUCUGGCCCCGUGCAGCCAGGAUGUUCCGCUGUGGCAGACUCGGACGUGUCUUUGUAAACCUUUUGUAAUUUCGGAUCGUUGUCCCCCUUGGGCCAGAUGGGGACUGCCCAGUCAUAAAACAUUUCGUG